AUGAGCUUCGCGGAGCUCCUGGACCGCAUCGGGGGCAUGGGCCGCUUCCAGCUGCUCCACAUCGCCUUGCUGGUGGUGCCCGUGCUCAUGACAGCCUGCCACAACCUCCUGCAGAACUUCUCGGCUGCCGUGCCGGGCCACCACUGCCGGCUGCGCCUGGCGCCCAACGAGACGCGGCACCUCAGCCCCGGGGACCUGCUGAGGGUCUCCGUGCCCCUGGACGCCGAGCGGCAGCCGGAGAAGUGCCGCCGCUUCAUCAGCCCCCAGUGGCAUCUCCUCCGAGCCAACGGCACUGGGGCCAACGGUACCGAGGGGGCAACUGAGGCAUGUGUGGACGGCUGGACGUACGACCGGAGCACCUUUACCAACACCAUCAUCAUCGAGUGGGACCUGGUGUGUGAUCUCCGGAGUCUCCGGCAGCUGGCCCAGUCCAUCUACAUGGCCGGGGUGCUGGUGGGAGCCCUGGUCUUUGGCAGCUUGGCUGACAGGUUCGGGCGCAAGGCGCUGCUGAGCUGGUCCUACCUGCAGAUGGCUGUCUCGGGGACCUGCACCGCCUUUGCCCCAAGCUUCCCUGCCUACUGUGUCUUCCGCUUCCUGGUGGGCAUGGCCCUCUCAGGGGUCGUCCUCAACUGCAUGUCGCUGGUGGUCGAGUGGGUGCCCACCCACUUCCGCACGGUGGCCGGGACAGCAGUGGGGUACUGCGCCACCCUGGGGCAGAUCGUCCUCCCCGGCCUGGCCUACGCGCUCCCAGACUGGCGCUGGCUGCAGUUCACCGCCUCCAUGCCUUUCUUCGUCUUCUUCCUCUACUCCUGGUGGUUCGCCGAGUCGGCGCGCUGGCUGGUGCUCUCGGGCCGGCCUGACCGCGCCGUGAUGGUGCUCAAGAAGGUCGCCCGCAUCAACGGGAAGAAGGAGGAAGGCGACAAGCUGGAUACUGAGGUGCUGAAGUCCAAUAUGCAGAAAGAAAUGGCUCUGGCCCAGUCUUCCUAUACCCUGUACAGCCUGGUCCGGACACCGGCCGUACGGAAGAUAUCCUGCUGCAUCGCCAGCGUCUGGUUUGCCACCAGCUUUGCCUUCUAUGGCCUGGCCAUGGACCUGCAGCAUUUUGGCUUCAACAUUUACCUCAUCCAAGUGGCAUUCGGCUCCAUCGACAUCCCGGCCAAGCUAGGCUCGGCUAUCGGCAUGAGUUUCAUUGGCCGGCGAGCCACGCAGGCCGCCUCCGUCAUCCUGGCAGGGCUGGCGAUCCUGGCUAACAUCUUUGUGCCACGAGAGCUUAAAGCCCUCCGUACAUCCCUGGCUGUCCUGGGGAAGGGAUGCCUGGCCUCCUCCUUCAACUGCCUGUAUCUCUACACGGGAGAGCUGUAUCCCACCGUCAUCAGGCAGACCGGCAUGGGGCUGGGCAGUACCAUGGCCCGUGUUGGAGGCAUCGUGGCCCCUGCAAUACGGGUGACGGGAGAAUAUAUCCCCUACCUCCCGCCGAUUAUAUAUGGCACCGCGCCCAUCGUCUCGGGCAUCGCUGCUAUAUUCCUGCCGGAGACCCUCAACCUCCCGCUGCCGGACACCAUAGAAGAAGUGGAAAGCAGGAAAAGGGCUGGAGACCUCAGGACCACGGAGCAGAAGGAGAAGAUCGGGCUGCAGACAGUGGAACCCACAGCUCUGCAGGAAGUCUGCUAG